UUUUUUUUUUUUUUUUUUAAAUCGCUAAAGAUAUGGAGUCUACCGGAGAAGUUGUGAAAACAACCACCGGGAGCGACGGUGGCGUUACGGUGGUGAGAUCCAACGCGCCGUCAGACUUCCACAUGGCUCCAAGAUCAGAAACUUCAAACCCACCUCCCACCUCCGUCGCUCCUCCUCCUCCUCCACCGCCGCAAAAAUCCUUUACUCCGCCGGCGGCGAUGGAUGGUUUCUCAAGCGGACCGAUAAAGAAGAGGCGUGGACGCCCUAGGAAGUACAGACACGACGGAGCAGCGGUGACGCUUUCACCGAAUCCGAUAUCAACAGCCGCACCAACGACUUCUCAUGUCAUCGAUUUCUCGACGACAGCGGAGAAACGUGGCAAAAUGAAACCAGCAACUCCAAGCUCCUUCAUCAGACCAAAGUACCAGGUCGAGAAUUUAGGUGAAUGGGCUCCUUCCUCUGCUGCCGCUAAUUUCACGCCGCAUAUUAUUACGGUCAACGCAGGCGAGGACGUAACGAAGAGGAUAAUAUCAUUUUCUCAACAAGGGUCUCUAGCUAUUUGCGUUUUAUGCGCAAACGGUGUCGUUUCUAGUGUUACACUUCGUCAGCCUCAUUCAUCUGGUGGUACAUUGACCUAUGAGGGUCGGUUUGAGAUAUUGUCACUGUCCGGAACAUUCAUGCCUAGUGACUCGGAUGGGACACGAAGUAGAACAGGCGGGAUGAGCGUGUCAUUGGCUAGCCCUGAUGGACGUGUAGUAGGUGGUGGUGUUGCUGGCUUGCUGGUUGCAGCUACUCCUAUUCAGGUGGUUGUAGGAAGUUUCUUAGCCGGAACAAACCAACAAGAUCAGAGACCGAAGCAGCAGAACCACAACUUCAUGUCUUCUCCAUUAAUGCCAACUUCUUCGAAUGUAGCUGAUCAUCGAACCAUCCGUCCCAUGCCAUCUAGUCUCCCGAUCCGUACAUGGACACCGUCUUUUCCUUCUGAUCCAAGACACAAGCUCUCUCAUGACUUUAACAUCACUUUGACGUGAUUUCUUCCUUAAAGAACCCGUAGAUCCUCUGUAUUUUGGUUUCCAGAUUAGGGCUCUACAUGUCAGACUCUCAAGGUUUAGGUGUUAUGUUGGUCUGUAACUUAGGAUUGUUAUUCCAACUUUUCUAUUCGGUUUCUUCAGCUCUUUAGAAAGUGAAUCCUGUUCCCCAAUCUCUUAA